AACAGAUCCAUCAGCGAAGAUGAGCGGCUUGGCGGUUUGUUUGAUGCUCCUUUCGACGACGCUGGGAAUCCUCGGCAAUUGUCCCGAGGUGCAGCCACCGCAAUGGGGAACGGUGAGAAAGCAGAUUCUUGAAGAUGGUACUCUGCAGAUUAUGUACUCAUGCGAACCAAGCCGUAAAGUCAAAGGUCGCAGGUUAGCGAUCUGCAUCGGCGACCGUUGGAAUCAUCCUGUUCCGAAAUGCGUGCCUCGCGAGUUAUUUCGACCAGAUCGUAUUGAUCUUUAUCUUGGCGAUCAACCAAUCAUUCCGUACGAGGAGAAAUUGGCGGUGGAGAGGAUAGACAAGUUAAAAAACCACAGAAAAACUAAGGAGAGCAAGAAGAAGAAAAAGAAGAGGAGAAAGUUGGCGCGGGGAAAAUCUACCUUAAUCUUGUCAAAACUACUGACAACAAGAUUAAAUGAAACUGUGGUGUCCGAGCUGGAUAUCAGCUGCUUCGCGAAGGCUCUCGGAAAGGGACUCAUUAAGGCCCCUUUAAUCGAACACACUUCUCCUGCCAAAUACGCUAGAAGGAAGAAUAUACUGCCACCCUACAAUCGAUAUCUCGUUGCGAUUUACGAGUGCGAGGAUAGUUACGCUUUCGUCGAUUCGACGACAGACAGGCUUUUCUGCAGCAAUUACACUUGGCUUGGGCCACGUCCGAAAUGCGUGAAAGAAAAUCAACCGCCGAUCGAUAAGGUGAAACGUUGCGACCAGGAUACACGUGAAUGCGAGCAAGUGUGCGAGGAUAUACCAACCGGCAUAAAGUGUUCCUGCUUCGAUGGAUUUCGGGCUAAAGGAUCUUCUUGUAUAGAUAUUGACGAGUGUGUCGAAGGCACAGCGAAAUGCACCGAUAUUUGCGCCAAUAAAGUCGGCUCUUAUUCUUGCGAAUGUCAUCAUGGUUUUCAGUUGGCAACUGACGGUCAUUCUUGUGAAGAUGUCAACGAGUGCCUCUGGAACAAUGGACACGGCCCUUGCCAAGGCACUUGCCACAAUCUCGAAGGUAGUUACAAGUGCAGUUGCGCGGACCUUUCUGGAUAUAAAUUAGCUGCUGACAAUCACACUUGCCAGGAUAUCGACGAGUGUGCACUAGACAACGCGAACUGCUCUCAUCUGUGCUUGAACACACCCGGAAGUGUUUUCUGCCUCUGUCCGGACGGUUUUUAUCUGACCGACGAUUGGAAGACCUGUCAAGAUAUUAAUGAAUGCGAAGUAACGCCGAAAGUUUGCGAGGAGAACACUGAGUGCGAGAAUACAGUGGGGUCUUACAAGUGCAUUAGUAAAAUGCAUCCAGAAACAAAGAUCUUUCGAGAAAAAGAUUACGAUAGUGAAGAUGAUAACGAGGAUGACGACGGUGAUUACGGAGAAGAGAUUACGGAAUCACAACAGAAUUUGAGAUGCGAGGAUGGCUUCAAGAGAAACGAAAAUUUUGAGUGCGUUGAUAUAAACGAGUGUAUCGAGAAUGAAUCGCACGGCUGUCAGCACGAGUGCGUAAACGAACCGGGCGGCUAUCACUGUGCUUGUCGUACCGGUUACGAGCUCGAGGAAGACGGUACAACGUGUAAAGACGUGAACGAAUGCAACAAGCCGUCUCGACCUUGUUCCCACAUCUGUCACAACACAGACGGUACAUAUGUGUGCGCGUGUCCUCCGGGACUCAUCUUGACAGACGACAAUGCGACUUGCGCGGAGGAUUGCACCUUUUUGGCGGAUCUUUGUUCUCACGCCUGCGAGAACACUGAGAACGGACCGCGAUGCUCUUGCACGAAAGGAUAUCGAAUUCUUCAGGACGCACGCACGUGCAUCGACGUGGACGAGUGCGCGGAAGACUCGCACGGAUGCUCCCACGAUUGCGCGAAUCUGGUUGGAUCUUACAAAUGCGAGUGUCCCGACGAUAUGUUCUUGGAUGAUAUCGGAAGAAACUGCAUUCCUUCCGACACGUGUAAAACCGCGAAUUGUAGUCAAAUUUGCGAGAGAGAUCGGGAUACCUAUAGAUGUAUCUGUCAAAAAGGAUACAUCCUACAGGAAGACGAGAGAACUUGUCAAGAUGUCGAUGAAUGUCUCAUCGACGAGCACGAUUGUAGCCACGAUUGCAGAAAUCUUGAAGGAUCCUAUUUAUGUUUCUGUCCGACGGGGUUCGAGCUUGGAGAAGAUAAUCGUACGUGUAUCGCGAAGGACGAAUGCGCAAAGGAAGAUAAUAAUUGUACUUGUCUCGCGGGAUACAGUUAUUCGCAAGAAGAGCGUGUUUGCAUAAAUAUCGAUGAGUGCCAGGACGACCAUAACUGUUCGCACAAUUGUAUCAACACUAACGGCUCUUACCAUUGUGAGUGUCCUUCUGGCUGGCAUCUGCAGGAGGACUCCAGAAACUGUCAGCCCUCGAAUGGCUUUUGCGUCGAGAAUUACGGUUGUUCGCAUAUGUGUGAGCAGAAUGAUGGCCAGAUUCGUUGCAGUUGCCCGAAAGGAUACAAGUUGCACGACGACGAGAGAAUUUGCGAGGACGUGGACGAAUGCGCCAAGCUGGACAAUCCUUGCUCCUACAAUUGUGUGAAUCAAAAUGGCACUUUCGAGUGCGUCUGUCCGGCAGGAUAUCGAAUCGGCGAGGACGGCAAGACGUGCGAAGACAUCAACGAAUGUAUUGAGGAUAACGGGGGUUGCUCACAUCUCUGUGCAAACACGGAAGGCAGCGUCGAGUGCGCGUGUCCUGAUAAUUACAAGCUGUUGAAAGACGACGGCAAAACGUGCGUCGAAAUAAAUGCGUGCUCUAUUGAUAACGGAGGGUGUUCGCAUUUCUGUCAACAUGACAACGGCCGAGCGUCCUGUUCCUGUCCACCCGGGAUGAUCCUGACCGAAGACGAAGUAGUGUGUAUGCACGAGAACGAGUGUCUGAACGAAGAUAACGGCGGCUGUUCCCAUCUGUGUUCUUACGAAGAUGAAAACGUAACUUGCGCCUGUCCAUCCGGUAUGAUCCUGUCGGAGGACCGGAGACUUUGCGAGUGUCCUGACGGUUAUCGUUUAUCCCCGCAGAACAACAUCACAUGCGUGGAUAUUGACGAAUGCCUGGAACUGCGAGAUAAUUGCACUCAUCAAUGUUUGAACACUCCCGGCGGUUUCGAUUGCAGUUGCAAUGCCGGUUUUUCGCGAAACCCUCAGGAUUCAGCCUUUUGCGACGACGUCGACGAAUGCGAGACUGAGAACGCGGGAUGCUCGCAUUCUUGCACGAACCUGGUGGGCUCCUUCAAGUGUCUGUGUCCGACCGGAUACGCCCUAGAGCGUAACAACCGAACCUGCGUUCUAGUGGACGGCUGCAAGCGCGAUAACGGCAAUUGCUCACAUCACUGUCAUCGGGAGGAGAGCGCCGACGGAGAUCCGGGCAUUCGCUGCUCCUGUCCGCUCGGCUUCCGCCUGAGACGCGAUCGUCGGACUUGCGAGGAUAUCGACGAGUGCGAGGAAUUUGAGAACGACGUGGACUCCGGCUGUUCGCACACGUGCGUAAAUACCGAGGGCGGUUAUCACUGCGAAUGCCCCUCCGGCUACAUUCUGAUGCCGGACGACAGGAGAAACUGCGUGGAUGUGGACGAGUGUCUGACCAGUAGGCACAAUUGCUCGCACGACUGUGUGAACCUGCUAGGCAAUUAUGUGUGCGCCUGCUAUGAGGGACAUUAUUUGCAUUCCGACAAGUCCACCUGCCUGGACAUUGACGAGUGUCGGGAGAACAACGGCGAAUGCUCUCACAUCUGCACAAACACCAUCGGCGGCCACUUCUGCUCCUGUCCGACGGGCUACGAGCUGACGCAAGACGAGAAAACUUGCGUCGACAUCGACGAGUGCGCGUUCGCGAACGGCGGAUGCGCCGAACGCUGCGUGAACGUCGAGGGCGAUUAUCGUUGCGAAUGCUCGUCGGGUUAUCAAUUGGCAUCGAAUCGCAAAAGCUGCGACGAUGUCGACGAAUGCGAGAACAACGGCAUUUGUUCUCACGCGUGGUGUGUCAACACCGUGGGAUCCUUCCGCUGCGAGUGUCCGCUGGAUUACAAAUUCUCGAAUGGAUCCUGUCGACCGUCCGAUCCUUGUUCGGACCGUAACGGCGGCUGCGAGCAGAUUUGCGUUACGGAGUAUGGUACGGCGGUGUGCUCAUGCAAGGAAGGUUUCCGAGGAGACGAGGUUGAUCGUACGAAAUGCCGCGAUAUCGACGAGUGCGAAGGACAACACGAUUGCGAUCAUAUUUGCGUCAAUAAUCCGGGCUCGUACGAAUGCAGGUGCAAGGAGGGAUUUCAAAUGGUGAAUUCUACUUGCGUCGACGUCGACGAAUGCGCAGCCGGUGUCUGCAAGGGCAACAAAUGCACCAACGUGCCAGGCGGUUAUCGUUGCGAGUGCGAGGCGGGAUAUCGAUUCCACGGUGAUACCUGUGUAGACGUCGAUGAAUGCACCGAGAAGGCGCCUUGCAGCGAGCGGUGCGUCAACACACCCGGUUCAUAUUAUUGCACGUGCCUUCCCGGCUUUCGACUGCAAGGCGACGAAUGCGUAGAUAUCGAUGAGUGCGAACAGCAUCGCGACAGAUGCGAUCAAGAGUGCAUCAAUACUGUUGGAUCUUUCACUUGCGCCUGUCAUGCCGGAUACGCGUUAAUUUCAAGAGAGCAGUGUCAAGACGUGAAUGAGUGUUUAAGCCGAAACGGCGGUUGCGCUGGCGAGUGCAUUAACACCGCCGGAAGUUACUACUGCGCUUGUAGCGAGGAUUUAGUGUUGGCACCCGACGAGAGAACCUGCAUCUCACCGACGUCGAGAUGUCGCGCCAUGGAACCGCCUUUACACGGAGAGAUCAGAUGUCCGGGUCAUCCUUCCGGCGCAUCCGUCUACCCGCAGGGUGCCAAGUGUCACGUACGAUGUCGCAGAGGAUUUCGACUGGAAGGAGCACACACGAGACAUUGUGUUAGCGGAGGCCGAUGGAACGGCAGAGAGCCUAUCUGUCUGCGCGAAGUUGUGACAGACUCCCUUUACAAUCCAAACACGCCACGGCCGUUCGUGAGCUGCCCCCAGGACAUGGACGUCGAACUACCGGCUAGGCAGAACACGAUACGUGUAACUUUCCCACAACCGAAGUCCAACAUGAAUUGGUGGAGAUACGUACAAGCCUCACCCCCAUGGGCAAAGCAGUUGCAAGCGGAUCUGCCGGCGGGUACGACGAUCGUUACCUUCACGGCAUGGUCGCCGGUCUCUAAUUACACCAGCACCUGUAGGAUCGUGAUAAGAGUACGCGAUACGGAGAAUCCCAAAGUUACAAUGUGCCCUACGUCGUUUGAAGUCAGGUUGAGCCCAGGAGAACGAAGCCGACUGAUAUUCUGGCAAGAACCGACGUUCACCGAUAACGUCGGCGUCGAGCAUGUUUACAAAACGAGGGGCCCCGGACACGUGAUGUAUCCCGGCGUUCACAACGUGCGCUACAUCGCCUCGGAUGCAGCCGGAAAUCGAGCCGAAUGCCAUUUCUCGAUACACGUGAGAGAAUCCGAGGACCGUCAGGAUUCCGAGCCGAGAUUCUACAGAAGAAAGAUGCUGAUGUGUCCCGGCAGACCGCCCCAGCCCGUGCCGAGCUCUUCUUACAGCUGGCAAAUACCGAGCGGUUGUUACCUAAGAUAUACCAGAAUCUUCUCGGGAGCUUAUCAGCGACAUCCGGAAUAUCGGCAGAACGGUUAUCAGGACGCUGGGACUUCUUAUCACGAACUUCCGCCUAUUCAGCAAACUCGGAGUCGCCCAGGCAUUGGCAGAAUGUACAAUAUUGAUGAUUAUCGACACUCCGGGCGACAACAACAAUAUCAGCUACGGCGGGCGCAGGAGCAGCAGCUGUCGCUCCAGCAAUAUCGGCAACGCGCCACGAGGACCGAUCACGAAAACUCGUGCCUUAAUCGCAAUAAUAGUCGCAGUAAGAGUUAGUCCAGCAUAGCCGAAAGAGACGAGAGCAGCCUCGUAAUUGGUGCACUUUGAACGUAAAGAAAACGGAAUUUCUGUUGUUUGCGAUACACGUUUGCAAACGCUUGCGAUAGAAGAACAUACGUAAUUAUAUAGUACGCAAUUAUUCACUGUGGCAACAAACCUAUUGCAACUGUAUGAGAUUUACUUUUCAUCUCCUACACGUUUGUAAAAAUUAAAUACAUCUCAAAGAUUUAUUAUUUUAUUUGUUAAUGUAAAGUGGAGAGAAUAAUUGCUAAUCACGAAACCGUUGUAAAAUAAUAUAAAAAUUGACAAGUAUCUUGUAAUAUUAAUUGAAAAAUCGACAAAAAAAUGGCACUUAUAAGUUGUACAUCGUUCUACUUGGCAUAUCGAAUAUUUCACUGAUCAUCGAAAUAUGAGACACUAGUAAAAUUAGUCCCGAUAUUAAUAAUCAAUAAGCCGCUAAGCCAAAAUAGAAGUUGGAUAUUAUUACACUGCCUUUAUUCGUGUAAUGAUAGACAAGAUAAUUUUCAAAUUUUACAAGACAGAUUUUUCGAGAUCGGACAUUGACAAAGCGACUAGCAACGUUUGUAUCUCUACCUCUCUCUCUCU